AUGUCUCAGCGUCAGCAAAGUAGCGUAUAUACACAAGGUGAAGCCUCAGGUCUUGCCGAUGUGCUAGCAGGCCAUAUUAUUAUUUUAUAUCGAGGCCGUGUAGUUUGUCAAGGGCCAAGUACUGGCCUAAAAGACCAAUAUGGAGAUGGCUACCGAGUAAUUAGCAUCACAAACUCAGACACGAAUCAAUGUUCUACAUGGAAACUGGGUAACUCUACCGAGGCUACACGCAAGGUCCUGGAUCUGGAAGGCGCAAACAAAGUGUGCGAUGUCGUAUACCCGACACUGGAACUGGCCAUUCUUAGAGUCACCUCGGACUCGAUGGAAGCUCAACGUUUUAGUGGCGAUGGAAUCAUUGGAGACGAAGCGGUGCAGACAAUGUUGGACGACCAACCUGAAGAUGAGCUUCACAACCUUUCAGAUCUAGAUCUUGAAGUUGGCAGGGCUGUUGGGAUGCUGCGGCAAGUGUGGCUUGUGUUUCGAAAAAGAUACAUGCUUCUUCGGUCUGGCUGGUUUGUAUAUCUUGUCAAUCUGGCGAUCCCAAUUGUAGUCGCCGCUGCUCUCUUCAAAUAUAUCCGACAUUGGGAUACUUUGACGACGUGCGAUAUGCAACGAAACUAUCUUUAUAGUGGGUCACCACUAGGAGAUAUUCAAGACUUUGAAUCCACGGGAGGCGACAAAAUUGCUGUCCUCGGUCCCAACAACUGCUUUUCAGGAGCUGUGCAGGAUCAGCUGCUUGUGGAUAGUGUGUCUUCUUUUCUAAGCCAAUACGAUAGCACAGGUAGCCAGUCACCUGCACAGCUUAUACCUGGCAGUGUGGUCAAAGUAGGAGAGGAAGAUGGCAUUCUUAAGGCUAUAGAAGAUGCCCAAGGACUCAUUGGAUUCGGGUUACGGUCUCCAGAACCGGGAAUAAAUACGUUCUUUCAUGUCGCGAGUCCGUACGCAACUGGGAUUGGACUGCAAGCAUUUGAUUAUGUGACAAAUAGAAUGAGCAACAUGACGGCGUCUGCAGGACUGACGCGAAAAGUCAGUAGCAGCGUGCAGGUUCUCAAUCAUGUCCCUAUAAAACACGAAUGGAGGACUCUGCCUCUCCAGAUGCUUGUCGUCCUAGUGUUUGUGGCUGCAGCUUCCACUGCGUCCCACGUCAGAGCACUGCAGUAUAGCAACAGAGUAUCGCCUUUGGCAUUGUGGGUUGCUUAUUUACUAUUUGACAUCCAAUUCAUUCUGAUAGAAGCAUGGGUUGUCUGGGGACUAUUGUUCUCCGGUCCCAACGGCAAUCGAAUUUCGUCCAGAUUUUACGCGACUCACAGCAUCUACGUGAAUGGAAUAUCUGUCGUGGAUCAAGCUCGCAAGGCUCGGAUGGACAUCGGGGUGUGUCCUCAAGAGGACGCCGUUGACAACCUCACUGUCCAACAGACGCUUACAUUCUACGCCUCUGUGAAAGGACUCAAGAACGUACAGAGCAAUGUAGGCCAGGUACUUACGGCUCUCAAUAUUUCUCGGUUCAAAUACCAGGCACACAAAGCGCUGAGUGGCGGUACCAAGCGUAAAUUAGCGGUCGCCAUUGCUCUCCUGGGUAACCCGCAGCUCUUACUACUGGAUGAGCCUUCCACAGGACAAGAUGCAGGAGCUAAACGUAUCCUGUGGCAGGCCUUGAGGCGGGUGGGCAGCGGCCGUGCCAUCUUGCUGACUACCCACAGCAUGGAAGAAGCUGAAGCACUCGCAAGCAAAGUGGCCAUUGUAUCUACACGCAUACUCGCUGCGGGCUCACUUUCAUCUUUGCAAGAGAUGUAUGGUGAUUUGUAUGAAAUCCGGGCACUUCGAUUGGAUACUGUCAACAAAUACGUAGCAGAAACAGAGGUGAGAUCGGUUCUCGGCCAGUGGGGUAUCGAAGUUGUGGAUUACUGGGACGCAAAUGGCCUCGUUCAGUUCGAUAUUACCCUUGACCGAACAGCACUAGGGAGGAUCAUGGUGGGGAUGGAGUGUUUAGUUGGAAACCACGGCAUCAUUUCCACUGUCAGUGAAAUGGGAAGCUCUUCGCAGUCAUACGGAACGGUCCUUAAGGCAUACAACUUGAUUGGGCCGACGAUGGAGGAAGUCUUCAUGAACGUCAUGAUACUCCCUGUGGAAAAAUUACAAGAAUAG